AGCCAUGGAGUAAGCUUGAACAGUUUCUGUGCACCGCUAGCUGUCGAAGAGCACCUACGUUUGACUGAAGCUCAGGUCAGAAUCAUUAGUGCUCGAAAUGAGGCCCAGAAAUUCUCGUGCAUGCGAAAGGUGAAGUGCAACCGUUCCGCGUGGUUCGGGGUAAGAUUUGUUCGCCGGACACGUGUACCCUGUGCAGCCUGUGUGCAGCGAAAGGGAAAUGGUGACAUCUCUCGAGUUCAGUGAACGGCUGAUGGUGAUGUGAGGAGCUUGUGUGACCACGGAGCAGAAAGGUCUUAUGGCAGUGAAAGAAAACCUGGUGAUGCCACAAUGGAUGCAAGCUCAGGGUAGACUGAGGUAGACUUGAGAUGUCUGUGUACACCAUGUACAGCCUAUUUGUAUCCAGCUGAGAAGGCCAGUAUAUAGAGCAGCGAAAUGACCGAGUGGAGCCAGUGCCACCUUUCAAGUUUACGCAGGUUGGCAGCUGAGUUAGCCGAGCAUUGCCCAGCCAAGUUGGGGAGGACGUGCCACAUUGUAAAAAACCUGCCUUUCGCAAAUGCCCUGCUCAACAAAUUGAAUGUUGAAGUGGAAGAGUUCACUCCUGGCAAGCUCUCUCUCUGUCAGGCACAGCCCAUUGGCAGCAGGAUAAAAGAUUCCGAAGAUGUACAUGCAGAAGAAGGUAUAGCGUUCCUCUACACCUUGCUUCAGAAACAUGGCUGCAUAGACGCUGUUGAGUUCAAGCCUCACUUAAGGCAGGAGCCGGUGCAGCUAAUCACCAAUGCCCUGUUUGAAAACAAAUUCCUGACCUGCCUGCGGGUGCACCAUGCAUACCUGAGCGAACAGGCCACGAUGUCCCUGUUUGCUGCCGUGUGCCAGUUAUUGAACGAGCGGCUGCGUGAGCUGUCCCUGGAGAAACUCGAUAUUUCGUGCUUGCCGCAGACUCUAGACGGCUUCAGAGAAGCACUUGCCAGGACAAAGAGCCUCAAGAGAUUGACCCUCUUGAACAUCCAUGAACGGGCACACGCGUGGAUGAAUACCUUGAACGUGGGCCUGGCGGGUCUACGGGCCAACAGCACCGUCACCAGCCUGAAAAUGGACACUAGUUACCAGCACUACUAUGAGGGGACUAAAGUGCUGAACGACUUUCUCGCCAACACGGUGUCCCUUGCCGAGCUCCACAUCUACUGCAGUUCCGACUGCAGCUCUGACCGCUCCCUGGACUUGAUCUUCGAGGCUCUGGCUAGCAACCGAACCGUGAAUAGGCUCACCCUCCGCAAAUUCUCUGUGAAGGAUAUGAAGCCGUUCAGGCAGCUCUUGGAUGUCAACAAAGUCCUGGAAGACGUGAGCUUCUACGCCUCUCCCCAUGCUGGGAUGGAGAAAACACCUGCCGCUUGCCAGGUGCCCGAGCAGCACGUGCAGACCAUAGUCCAGGCACUGGAGAGGAGAACGAGCCUGCGCCGCUUGGCCCUUGAUUGGAAUUGCACGCCAAGUGCAGUUUAUCGGCUUCUGGCAGCGUCUUCCGGCUCCCCCUCACUCAGAGAGCUGCACCUGGGUGACGUCAUUGUUGACUACAUUGAUGCUUUGCGUUGGGCAUUCAUUAAUGUGCGGACAGACGUCACUGUGACCGCAGCAAGAUGUCUUUCCACCAACGGCACCUUGAAUGAGCUGAUUCCUUUUUGGAAGCCAGAAGACAAAGAGAGCUGCAUACACUGCCUCUACAGCGUGAACCUGAAGGAUGUGAGCCGUGCACUUUCUUCACAUCGCGGUGACCACCUGACCUCUCUCAGUGUUGUGCUUGGCAAGCAUUCCACGUUGACUACAGUCCAUGCGCUGGCACUUUACCUGGCCUCUACGCACAAGCUACAGGAGCUGCAACUGCGGCUCGAGAGCGUACCGCAAGACUUGCAGCAAGUACUCUUCGCGGGCUUCCAGAGGAACGUCAGUCUAGAACGUCUGUGCAUUUUUGGAACCGAAAACCUUUGCAUCCCUGAGAACAUGCAGCAAGUGCUGUUCUCCUGGAUGGCAGAGAGCAAGCGGCUCUACAGCAUCAAUGUCAAAAUGCACGGUUACGACACUAAGCAUCUGCUGGAGGUGCUUGCCUCGUCUCAACACCGAAAUCAUGUCCUCACAUCUCUGGCAUUUAGCAAAAGUUGGGCCGACCAGUCGGUACUCGAGACCAACCUCAAGAUGGUUCGCCGCAAUCGGAAGCUGCUACGGUUUGCCGCUGCAUUUGUUCAUGGGUCAAUGGACAAGCGGGCAGCUCAUGCCUACAGUGUUGCCGCCCUGCAUCCUCAGCUCUCUGAGGUUGUCCAGCGGAUUGGUUGCUGCGGUCGGGAUGUCGCCAGAUUGUUGAUGUCGGAAGCAACAUUGCGGCUCCAAGUGAAUUUCUGGCAGCUGACAGGGAUAGUUAAGAACAGGAUUACGUGCCUCAUACCACCAACGCCGCGUCAAGUUCAGUUUGAUCGCUUCAAUUUUGAAAUAUUGAACCGCAUUGCCUCAUACCUGAAAGUGGGAGAUAUCGUGGACGAUGACGAGGCGCAAGACGGAACGUCGGAAUAUCCCUACCUCGAGGAUGCAGACACUGUUGUCUGUGGACGUGCCGUGCGCAGGAAAAGACUUGUCUUGUGAUGAGCACAUUAUGCGCCGCACGAAUGACAUUGCUAUGAACUGUGGCUUCUCUAAACAAAUCGCUGUGAGAGUUCAAGCUACACAGUGGUGCGGGAAGCUGACGUUGUCACAUGUUUUUCUUCUAUUUUUCACUAGUUUCUUAGUUACUUUUGAAAACGAAAAGAGACUACAUUUAUGCUUUGAAAUCUCGUGACUGCCUUAGUUGUGGUGGUACAAGCGACUUGAGCGACCACGGGACAGUGAGCGAAGUGUACAUGUAUAAUAGACUGCUGAGAAAGGCACUUGGUAUCUUGACAAAGACAAGUCCACUAGUCGAAAGGCAGCCUGUAUUUAUAGCCUCUGUUCUUACAUCUCUCGACUAUUUCAUCUAUUCAAGCCAUUAUCUUUACCUGUAGCCCUGUUUGUUUAAAAAAGAACCUAGUAGUUUUAUUGCUUUACUUUGAAUAUUGUAAAUAUGCUGCUCAUUGUUCACAUUGCAAAAACAAACAAACAAAAGCAAUCAACAUGAAUGUGGGACUUUUUGAGUGUUUUUGAAAGCAGGUGAUUACCAUACCUCAUAUUUAUUAUCUGAAUGUCUCAUUUUAUUCCCAUAUACACAGGAAAUGCACUUGCUGAUGCCAUGAAUGCAAUGAGUGUAGAGAGCUUGACUUAUUUAUGCAAUUUUAUGUAUGUAUGUCACACAUUUCCACCUCGCAUAUAGAAAUAAUUUUUUUAAAUAACAAAACAAAACAGAAGAACUUGUGUCCUACUUGCUCUCUAUAUCUGUAUUCUGUAGCUGCUGUUUUCCUAUUUUCCUUUUCAAGUGCUGCAAAUGUGGUGAUAUUACAAACAGCCCGGCUGUCUGCCACUAUGCACCUUAUCUUUGCCUACAAGUGUUGAAAGUGUUCAGCUCAUGUUCUUUAUUUGGUUUGUUAUGUGCUCCUUUGAGUGUGGAGGUAACAGGUACAGUAAAAAACCUAAGUAUACAUUGAUCGCACUUAUCUAUCAACAAAAGCAUGCACUGUGUACAGUUUUCAAAGGUGACUGCGACUCCAAUAAGGGGUCGCUUUAUGUUUAGGAUGAUGUGAAUAAAUUACAUUUGUGUGGAAGCUUGA